ACUAGCCGAGAUAGACAAAAGGACCGCAGAAUACAAGGCGAGAUUGAUUGAGGAAAUGAUGACUGGGAACGAAGAAGGUUCUCUGCACGAGGAACCCCGGGACGAACGGAGAACCGGCCGAGGUGCGACUGGACAAGGGGAUAAAGGUAGUGACCGUGGGGGAACGCCGAGCAAAAGAAGGAAAGAAGGGGAGAACUCUCCGAGGAUGGACGCGGAAAAGGCUACGACCCCGCCAGCCAUAGAUAGUAGGGCUAACCGCCUGCCGACCGCGCCAGCAGUGACGCGAGGGUGCGAAGGACUCUGUAGCCUUAGGGAAAGAGUGUUGGGAUGGUUUGACCCAGAAGGAACUACGAAAACCAGGGAGGGACAGAAGACCGGCAAGGAAGGUCCGGAUAACAGUGUGACAGGCGAGGCCAGCAGCUCCAAGGGCGGCCUUAAUAAGAUAGUGUCGUCCCUCGCGCGAACACUAAACAAAAAUCAAGGCUACCUAGCGGAUGCUAAGAAGAAGUUGACGUUUGAUAGGGCGAACAUCACACAAUUCCUGAUAGAUUACGAGAACCUUGCUGCGCUGUUGAAAUGGACCGAAGAAGAGAAGAUGGACCACCUGGGACAACAUGUGCCUUUGAGCCUAGGACGGGACAUAAUGGCCAUCAUAGCCGCAAGCCGGUCUUGGAAAGAAACCCGGGAUGUGAUGAUGAGAAAGUAUCUGGCAGCAGAGAAGGUGGCAACGGAGGCCGAUUCAGCGGCAGUCCAGAGGAAGAACUUCGCAACGUACAAUGAUUUCUUACGAAAGUUUACUUUGGUAGUACUAAGAAUCCCCGGGGUUACGGUUCGAAUAAUGAGUAAGUAUUUCCUCAGACAGUUCUCCGAGUUCGACAAAGACAAGAUCCUGUCGGCUUACCAACAAACGAGCAAAUUUGUAAACACCAGGGACGUUGAUUUCAGUACGGUAACGGAUCUGGCCGAAAAGACGGUAGUGACCGAGACAUUGGCCUUGCUGAAGGAAGGGGAGACUAUAGACUUGACCACUAGGACGGGCGACAAGGAAGCCGGAUCCGGCAAAGACCGACAAGAUAUCACAGUGGCCGACGCCACUGCGCACGACGACGGAGAACGGCGGUACUCGCAAUUCAAGAAGGAAGUCCUAGCCAUCCUGCAUUGCCUUAAGACCUUCCAGGCCUACCUAUUUGGGAGGCGGUUCAUCUUAAGGAUCGAUCCGACGAAUGUCGCAGGGACCCUAAAGAAUUGCAGGCCUACAGAUCCGACGGUAGGGAGAUGGGUAGGAUUCAUCUGGCAGUUCGAUUACAAGAUCGAACGGAUUGCUGGAAUCCGCAAAAAGGCAGAUGGGCUGAGUCGGGUUUGCAUCACUCCCGAAGGGAUGGAGGAUGCAGAGCCCAUAGACGUCUUCCUCGAAUACGAAGGAGGAACUCUUGCGGUGGAUAACGAAAUGAUGAGCGAGGGAUGCACAUCGGGAGAACUAUUGAUCCAGACUUUGCAGAAGGGGGCACCUGCCGUAGUAGCUGAACUUAGGGAAGGUCCAGUUACCACUCGAGAACGCAAAGAAGAAAAGGACUCAUGGGGAGCGAUAGUAGGACCGAAGGAGGAGCUGAUAGCAAUGGCGGUCGAAGGGGGCCGGGAAGCAGUGAUGAGCUUAGUGAAAUCUUGGGAAACGAAAAAAUUGCAAUGGGUGGUAAAUCAGAUGCAGGAAGGAAAGGAUGGGGGCAAGGAAGGAGAGUAAUUUUUCUAUGUUCAAUCAUACGAAGGGCUCUUCCGGAAGAUCGGCUUGUUGUUGGUAGGAAACAAACAACCUACGAAAGU